GGUCUGUGGCGAACAAUCUUUUUGAUGAUCAGUUGCCUAAAAGCUUUCGGUACUUGAAAAAGUUGAAGGCUUUCAAUAUUGGAGGAAAUGCUUUCAACAAGAGCAUCCCCAGAUAUAUUUUCGGGUGGUACAAACUUCAAAGAUUGGUACUGAUGGGAAACAAUUUUGAAGGGCAUUUACCAAAUAAAAGCUUAGGAUUGCCAAAGAUGACUUACCUGUCCAUAAACAACUUACCUGGAGGAAAGACAGUUGUUUUGUUUCCCGAUAUUCACAAUAUGGUGUCUCUGUAUUUCUUGACAUUGAGGAAUUGUUCACUCACUGGUCGAAUUCCUGAUUAUAUCUGGCGGUUCACAAACCUGCUUUACCUGGACUUGAGUUUCAAUAAUUUGACGGGGAUAAUUCCACCAGACUUGAACCAGUUCCAGCCACAGUUCGUCUUUCUUAGAAGUAACAAACUCAAUGGGACAGUACCUGGAUGGCUGACGAAUUUGAGUUACUCUGACUCAUAUGUGGAUGUUUCUGAAAAUUCUUUUACAAAUGUGACCUUGAGUAACGACUAUAUAGCUUCAAAUCUGAACUUGUUCGAAUGCCGCUCUCAAUAUAGUGAUACGAGAUCGAAAUGGCAACAAGCUGGCUACCACUGUGACAAUGACACACAAAUUUAUGAUCAUUUGUACAUUAAUUGUGGGGGAAAUGCAACAUCAGUAGAUGGCCAUGAUUAUGAAGCCGAUACGCAAUCAGAUGGUGGAUCAACUUUCUUUCUGAGUACAAAUAAGACUUGGGCUUAUAGUAGUAUGGGAACGUUCCUUGGAACAGAUGACGAUGAAUUCAUUCUAGAUAAAACAUGCAAUAUAUCCAACACUGAUGUAUCUUUGUACUCAAAUGCGCGCAUAGCUCCAAUAUCGUUGAAAUAUUAUGGAUUUUGUUUGAAAAAUGACACCUACACGGUUAAACUUCACUUUGCUGAAAUAGGAUGGGAUACAAAUGGAUCUUCUACAAUCGGGAAGAGGGUUUUUGAUGUGGAUGUUCAGGGCGGCCAGUAUUACCUGGGAGAUUUUGAUAUACAAAAAGAGGCAGGAGAUGUCAAUAAGGUGAUAACCAAGGAGUGCAAUGUAUCUGUAACUGACUCAAGACUGGAGAUUCAUUUAUAUUGGGCUGGGAAAGGUUCAACUUACACCCCAACAAAAUACUAUGGUCCCUCAAUAUCAGCUAUUUCCGUGUAUCCUGUUCCUAGGGAACCAGAAAGGAACAAGAAAUUUCCUCCGGCUGCUAUUGCCGCGAUAGUUGGAGCUGCGCUGGUUUUUGGCAUAUUAAUCUUAGUCAGGAUUCGUCAUAGAAAGCUCAAGGAUGGAGGCUUGGAGGUACAUCCCGGAGUGGUCUUCGACUUCAAAAAAUUAAAGGCUGCCACCAAUAGUUUUGCUCUUGAUAACAAGAUAGAUGGAGUCGGAAAUGUCUACAAGGGUGAACUCGAUGGGAUUCAAAUAGCAGUCAAGCAGCUUUCAGCGAAGUCAGAAGAAGGGGCCCACGAAUUUGUAACCGCAAUUGGUACAAUUUCUGCACUAAAACAUCCAAAUCUUGCAACGCUAAUGGGAUCCUGUACCGAGCAAAACCAACUCCUACUUGUCUACAAGUACAUGGAAAAAGUCUCCCUUCAACAUGCUUUAUUUGGUCCAGCAGAAGCCAAAUUAGAACUAAACUGGGAAACAAGGGCUAAGAUUUGCCUUGGGGUGGCAAAAGGUUUGGCUUGUCUUCAUGAGUCCAAACUGCAAGUCAUACAUUGCAACAUCAAACCAACAAACAUACUUCUUGAUAAGGAUUUUACCGUGAAGAUAUCCGACUUCGGAUACUCCCAAUUUCAUGAUUCUCAGCUUGUCGGUGCCCCGCUCAAUAAAGGCAAAACUGCCCUUGGUAGUCAUGAUUCUCAGCAUGUUGAUGCCCCGCUUGUUAAAGACAAAACUGCUCUUGGUAGUUUGCCAAAACCAAAAAUAACGGGGCAUAUGGCACCUGAGCAGAUACAAGGCAUCCCCUUAACACCUAAAGCGGAUGUUUAUAGCUUUGGAAUUAUCACACUUGAAGUUGUUAGCGGACAGGAAUUUUGCACAUUGAGGUCAAAGGAUUCAAAUGACUACCUCCUGAAUAAGGCUUAUAAACACCAGGAGGAGGGGAAUCUUAUAGCUUUAGUUGAUCCAGAUCUGAAAUCAAACUAUAAACCCGAUGAAGCACUUAGAAUGCUAUGUUUAGCAAUGAAAUGUGUGAACCAAAGCUUCGAUCUCAGGCCUACCAUGUCAUCUGUGGUUAAAAUUCUUGAAGGCAAUGAGAAAUUUGACAUCAGCUCUGCCUCAAAACCUCGGUCUACUCAUUCUGGGAGUACUUCUCAUGGGGAAACUUCAAAUACAACUAUUUCUCCAUCUACCGGCAAUGAAAUUGAUGAUUCUCAACGUCACUGAUUAAUGUUUUGGGAUCAGAAACCAUUGAGAUGGAAUAUGAUAUUGUUCUUUCACUAUUUUGUGGAUGCUUACAGAUGCCCCUUUCUGUGUGUGAAUAUGUAUUCUGCAAAAACAUAUUUUUGGUUUAUGUAUGGUGUAUCAACUGCUAUUUCAAAUUUCAA